UCACAGUAACCGCUAACACAACUUGCCACCGGGCGCUAGGCGACACAUAACGCGGAUUUUUGGUGAAAUUAUGGCGUCGAAGAAACUCCUGAUAACGUGUGCCACUUAUCUUUAACCGGUCGUCGUCUGUCAGAAGUCUCCGAGCUCUCAGUUAGUGAAGUUACAGAGUGAACAAUGCUCUCCAGUUAGCCCGGGUUUGAUGCUAACUGGCUAAGGAAGUUAGCCGGUUAGCUAGCCAGCCGCGUCAGCUUGCCGUAGGCUGAGUUCUGGUUUCGCGCAUUUCAAGCCUGUUCCUCGACCUCUGAAACUGUUUAACCGGCUGCUAAACGACAACAUUAGAUUACAGCUUCACCAGUUUCACAUAACUAAAGAGUGAAACUUCCUAUAAUCUGCUUUUUAACAUGGAAAGUGAACAGUGUUUAGCCUGAGCUGGUUUUCUCUUUUGUUUUGACAAAGGAAGAAGGAUCAGAGUUUCUCUCUGUUUUUUUUGUUUUUUUUUAACACCAGUUCACAUCUGGUGUUGGGACGGGUUUCUUUGGCGUUUUUUAGUUUUUUAGUUUUUUUGUUUUGUGCAAUGGCUCCACAGAAGCAACAGAGCUCCUCAGGUGGAAGUCACCAGGCGGGUUUUGGUUCUGGAGGAAAAGAAGCCAACGGGUUGUACCACCAGUCCUCCUCCUCCUCCUCCUCCUCCUCCUCCUCUGCUGCCAUGGCUGGAGCCAAGAAGCCCAACAUGCAACUCAUUCAAGCCGACCACGAGUUGUUCCUGCAGGCCUUCGAGAAACCAACCCAAAUCUACAGGUUCCUCCGCACCAGGAACUUGAUCGCUCCUAUAUUCUUGCACAGGACACUCACCUAUAUGUCCCACAGAAACUCAAGGAAUAACGUCAAAAGGAAAAGCUCCAAGGUCGACAAUCUGUUGUUCAAAGUGGAAAAGAUGAGAGGCGAACAGGAGACUCACAGCUUGGACUCUAAUCUGCAGCUCACCUUUACUGGCUUCUUUCAUAAAGCUGGGAAGCCAUCUCAGGACAGUGAGAAUGAGCAGAACUCUGUCUCUCUGGAGGUGCUGCUGGUCAAAGUCUGUCACAAGAAGAGGAAGGAUGUGAGCUGUCCGGUGAAGCAGGUCCCCACAGGGAAGAAGCAGGUUCCUCUGAACCCAGACACGAGCGCUGGAGUUCAGGCCAAGCCGGGCUCCUUCCCCUCCCUGAUGGUUCCCAGCAGCGAGUUUGAACCCAGCGACUCUCACAUGGUCAAGUCCUACUCGCUGCUCUUCAGAGUAUCGAGGCCCGGAUGCCCCCGGCCUCAGAUCAACGGCCUGGCCAACGGAGAGAACCACCACAGCAGAGAUUUUACAGAGGAAGUGGUAAACAGGAAGAGGAGGAGCUCCUCUCUCAGGGAGGAGGGAGAAACCACAUUUGUGGCACAGAUGACAGUCUUUGAUAAAAACAGACGUCUGCAGUUGUUGGACGGGGAGUACGAAGUGUCUAUGCAAGAGAUGGAGGAGUGUCUGGUCAAUAAGAAGAGGGCGACCUGGGAGACUAUCCUGGAUGGAAAGCGUUUGCCUCCAUUUGAGAGUUUCUCUCAGGGUCCCACCCUGCAGUUCACCCUGCGCUGGACCAGCGACUCCUCCGAUCGCUCCACUGCGCCUGUAGCUAAACCUCUGGCCACCCGCAACUCUGAGACCAACCAGGACCCCAGACCCAGCACCCUGAGAGCCACAACCACUCUGGCUGUUAAAGAGUCCAUUAAUGCUGACGUGCAAACCAGAAGAGAACUAAUCUCAGCUGAGCCCCGACAGAAGCUACGCAUCCUCUACCAGUUCCAGUACAACAGCAACACGCGGCAGCAGACGGAGGCCAGAGACGACCUCCACUGUCCCUGGUGCACCCUCAACUGCAGGAAGCUCUACAGUCUCAUCAAACACCUCAAACUGUCUCACUCCCGCUUCAUCUUCAACUACGUGCCUCAUCCUAAAGGAGCGAAGAUCGAGGUCUCCAUCAACGAGUGUUACGAUGGUUCGUAUGCAGGAAACCCUCAGGACAUCCACAGCCAGCCGGGAUUCGCCUUCAGCAGGAACGGCCCCGUCAAGAGGACCGCCGUCACCCACAUUGUCGUCUGCAGACCCAAGAGGAUGAAGGCGAGUCUGUCUGAGUUCCUAGAGCCGGAGGAGGGAGAUCAGGAGCAGCCGAUCAUCAGCGGACACAACCGCCUCUACUUCCACAGCGACAGCUGCGUGCCGCUCCGACCUCAGGAGAUGGAAGUGGACAGCGAGGACGAGUGCUACCCCGACUGGCUCAAAGAGAAGACGGCCAUGCAAAUCGAGGAGUUCACCGACGUCAACGAGGGAGAGAAGGAGAUCAUGAAGCUGUGGAACCUCCACGUCAUGAAGCACGGCUUCAUAGCGGACAACCAGAUGAACGAGUCCUGCCUGCUGUUUGCCGACCGCCACGGCGUCUACAUCGUCAAAAACGACCUCUGUCGCAACUUCCUGCUGCACCUGAUCAGCAUGCACGACUUCAACCUGGUCACCACGCAGACCAUCGACCAGGCCAUGGCCCGCCUCCGCCUCCUGCAGAGCCAGGGCGCUCACAGGGACAAAGACGAGGAGGAGGAAGAAGAGGACGAGGAGGACUGGGAGACGGCCGUGGAGUCCCAGCCCGAGCUGGAAGCAGAUCUCGAGUAUACACCCUGUAACGACGAGACUAGCAACGGCUGCGUGGAGAAUGGAAACCAGCAGCAACAGGAGGCGGAGGAGAGUGGAGGAGCUGUGACAGAAAGGCCGACUACCAAGCAGAAACUCUCUGGUUCAGUUUGAAACUGAACUCAAUCAGAGCAAAGACCCCCAAACAGAAAAAUAAAAAGGCGACAGACAAACACAGGUUACUGCAGGGAUUAUGUUUUCAUGGGCAGGUUACAUCACAAACAAGGUGAACUUUUUACGUCGAAGAGCCGUUUAUCAUUUCAUUACUUAGGAAGGUUAGGAGUUUAGAGAAACUUGAAGCUCAGAAUCAUCAGUUAUUCUACAUCACGCAUCCCGACGGUGACCGCUCUCGGUCCGUCACCUGCUCUCGCAUCCUUUCCUUUCAUUUCCAACCCACUAAGUUUAUUAACGACAAAACGGUGGAGCAAGCACAAAACAAGUUCAGCCUUCACUCUGGAUUAGUUUCGACUCUGCACGCUCUCAAAUCAGAUUUGAUUUUGUGCUCAUUCCGUCGUUGAGUUAACCAACUUCAAAUGGGAUCGUUUCCUUUCGUCUUCCUCGGUGUGAAGCACCAAUCAAUGACGUUCCUGCUACGCUCGGCUCCACCAAAGGUUUUCUUUAUUACGGAGUGUGUUUACAUGCACAUUAUUGUCAUGGUUAUGGGUCAAAGAUGUCCGAUCAGGUCUCUGAUCAAGUGUCAAGAUGUCCGAUGUGGUCUCCAGGUGUCUGGUCAGGCUGCGAGGACUCAGAUUAUGUCUCCACGUGUCUGGUGUGGUCUCUAGGUGCCUGGUCAGUCUCCUAGGAUUCAGAUUAUGUCUCCAUGUGUCUGAUGUGGUCUCUAGGUGUCUAAUCGGGUCUCUGGGUGUCUAAUUGGGUCUCUGUGUCUGAUCAGACUUCUAGGAAUCAAAUUGUGUCUCCACGUGUUUGGUGGUCUCUGGGUGUCUAAUCUGGUUUGUAAUUAGGUCUUCAGGUCUCUAAUAAGGUCUCCGGGUCUCCGAUAUUCUCCAUCUGAUCACCAUAGAUUCACCAUCAGUAUAUAUAUACAUAUAUGUAUAUUGAUAUUUAUUAUAUUUUCCUUGUUUCUAAACUCUUGAGUGGAACUCAGACCCACUCAGCCAGCCGGGUUCAGAGUCCUGGAUCAGAUGCAGUUUCUACUACUGGUGCUAGAUCUUUUUAUUCCUCAGAAACACUCAGCGGUGACCCUCCACUGCCAGCACUCAAACACCAUGAUGCACUGUAGCAUCUUUUCUUUUCUUUUUUAACAAACUUGUUGUUUCUCCUCCAGUGAACAAACGGACAGUUGACUUCAUGCACCGCCUCCUUUGAAAUCAACGAGUCAAGGCCGAAUUUGUUUUGACGAGUCUGCGUCCGAUCGAGUGUCGAUGGUCUAAUUUGGGGAGAAGACGCAGGUUCAGUCAGCAGUCAAUCGAAAGGAUUAAUUGUCUCAACACUCACUGUUGAAGCGUUAAUCCAGGUGCUGGUUCCAGUUUCUUUAAUGGGACAAAUUGCUGCUUUUAUAUCAGAUGAUAAAGAACUGAAUCCUUUUUGGGUUUUUGGACUGUUAUUCACUCACGAGGGCUCUGGGAACAGCUGAUCUGUGUUUCUCCUUAAUUUAUCAUCUAAAGGAUUAAUUGAUGAAAUAAUAAUUAAUUGAAAUAAAUAGCUGCAGGCCACUUUCAGAGGAGGCGGAGCCUGAAUCAACAUCAACUUAAGGUGAGCAUUUUAUAUUUUUUCUCAGCUGGUUCUUGGUUUUUAUUUUUCCUCCUGCCGUUAUGUACAUAAGACUCUGUAAUAAAACUGUAAUAAAUUAGCUUUGGAAUAUGAUUGUUUGGAAACUGAACGCCACCCGGGAGGUUUUGUAGGUUUUUUAGUUUACACACCAAAGGGGAUAAAUUUGCUGCAGAUUUCUUGUUUCUUGUCUCCUGUGAACAUUUUCUUGCUUUUUGUAAAAUAAUAAUUUCUGUAAAGCAUCUGAUCUGAUGUCACGGCCUUGAACAUUUCAGUGAGACAGAAAUGUCCAGAUGAUUUGCUCCAUGUUGAACAGACUGUAUGCAGCAGUCAGGACUGACAUUGAUGCAGAACUAUUUAGAGGUUUGAUGGGAAGAGUUGGAUUUAUUAUGUACCUUCUCAUGUUGUGACUCUGCUCUUUAAAAGCUUUAGAAGUCUGAUGUGACAAAUGCAGCAGAAGUCUGGUUUGCGGUGGGUGUUGAGAGCCGUUUGGUUCACAUCUGACAGUUCUGAGUGACGUGCAGAGCACUUUUUUAUUUUGGAUAAAGCCCUCUGUAGAUUUUUUUUUUUUUGUUCAUUCACAUGAGACCAGCAGCAUUUUGCACAAGACGAGAGGAGCCAUGUCAAGAAAACGACUUUUCUUCAACAGUUAUGUAAAAACCAGCUUGAUGUUGUGAACUUUUAAGUUGAGUCAGAAAAGUUUUUUAUUAAAUGAACAAUUUUGUACGAU